AUGCCUGCUACGUUAAAGAAUUCUUCUGCUACAUUAAAACUAAAUACUGGUGCCUCCAUUCCAGUGUUGGGUUUCGGCACUUGGCGUUCCGUUGACAAUAACGGUUACCAUUCUGUAAUUGCAGCUUUGAAAGCUGGAUACAGACACAUUGAUGCUGCGGCUAUCUAUUUGAAUGAAGAAGAAGUUGGCAGGGCUAUUAAAGAUUCCGGAGUCCCUCGUGAGGAAAUUUUUAUUACUACUAAGCUUUGGGGUACGGAACAACGUGAUCCGGAAGCUGCUCUAAACAAGUCUUUGAAAAGACUAGGCUUGGAUUAUGUUGACCUAUAUCUGAUGCAUUGGCCAGUGCCUUUGAAAACCGACAGAGUUACUGAUGGUAACGUUCUGUGCAUUCCAACAUUAGAAGAUGGCACUGUUGACAUCGAUACUAAGGAAUGGAAUUUUAUCAAGACGUGGGAGUUGAUGCAAGAGUUGCCAAAGACGGGCAAAACUAAAGCCGUUGGUGUCUCUAAUUUUUCUAUUAACAACAUUAAAGAAUUAUUAGAAUCUCCAAAUAACAAGGUGGUACCAGCUACUAAUCAAAUUGAAAUUCAUCCAUUGCUACCACAAGACGAAUUGAUUGCCUUUUGUAAGGAAAAGGGUAUUGUUGUUGAAGCCUACUCACCAUUUGGGAGUGCUAAUGCUCCUUUACUAAAAGAGCAAGCAAUUAUUGAUAUGGCUAAAAAGCACGGCGUUGAGCCAGCACAGCUUAUUAUCAGUUGGAGUAUUCAAAGAGGCUACGUUGUUCUGGCCAAAUCGGUUAAUCCUGAAAGAAUUGUAUCCAAUUUUAAGAUUUUCACUCUGCCUGAGGAUGAUUUCAAGACUAUUAGUAACCUAUCCAAAGUGCAUGGUACAAAGAGAGUCGUUGAUAUGAAGUGGGGAUCCUUCCCAAUUUUCCAAUGA